AUGAUUCACGGUCCCAAUUCCCCAUUCUCAGGAGCAUUUACUAUUGGUAAACGAUAUGAAUGUAUAAUCUAUAUCUAUUCCUUAGCUGCCAUAUACUAAACUAAUCCAUACCCAGGGUAAUGUAUGCUAUUCACAUAGUCCAAAUCACUACUCUAUUAAUCCAAUUGAUAAACCCAUUGGAUUCAGAUUCUCUAAAUCAAAUAGAAAACCCUUAUAUUAACCUAGUAAAGCACCAGAUCCAGGAGCAUAUGAUCUUAAAUAUUAAGUAUUCAAUAAUAUAACUUAAUUAGACAAUUUCCUAAAAUGCCCCUAAUGCUAUUUUUGCAACUGCAAAAGAUCACUAAUAAAGAGGAUUAGAAAUUGGUCCUGGAUCAUAUAAUUGGACAGAUUAAAAAAAGGCUCCAGCAUUUACCUUUCAAAGCAAAUUCGAUUCUAUCGGUAAUCAGAUACUGUAAAACCCUGGUCCAGGAACUUAUGACAUUAAGCAUUAUCAUACUCAUUAACCUUAAAAUAAGGGAUUGACAACAAGCAAGAGAGUUAAUCAUUUAACAUAAAGUACUCCAGGGCCAGGAUAAUAUGAUGUUGAAAUACCUUCAUUUUCAACUAACAUUAAGUAUAUUAUGAUAUCUAACAGAUUCCCUAAAUCAUAAAGAAGUUUUGAAUUAAGUCAAAUUGGACCUGGUCCAGGAGCAUUUGAUUUGAGUUUGCCAAAACAAUAAGGGAUAACAUUUGGAGUUAAAGGAAAUCAACACAUUGAAAAGUCUAAUGUUCCAGGUCCUGGUAGUUACAAAUUAAAAUCAUUUGUUGAAUAUGAUGAAAGAGAUUUAAAAUAAAACAAAAUAAAAGGAGUCAAGUAUAAAUAAUUCAGUUAAAAUUAGAAUUGGUACUUCACAAAGAAGUAGUCAAAAUUUACUAAAGUUUGGUCCAUCUCCAUUAGAUUAUGAUGUUUAAAAAUAUAAACAUCCUACUAGACAUGCUAGGUAAAAAAAGAGGAUUCAUAUACUCUUAGUUUUGGAAGUGCAGUCAGAUAAUCAAUAAUUCCAAAUUAAUAAACCCCUGGUCCUGGAUAAUAUAUGGUUGAUUCAAAACUUAGCAGAAAUGGCCCUGUAAUUUCAAAAGCAUCUAAGGAUUUCAGUUCUUUAGAUAAUACUCCUGUAAAAUCUAAAAUUAAUAAUAAAGGGUCCUGGAAAGUACAAUCCUAACAUAUCAAUUUCAUCUAAUAAGGGACCAAGCUAUCAUAUAGCUGGCAAAUAUGACAAACCAUAAGAAAAAAGUUUAGUUGGACCUGGAAGAUAUAAUAUUUCAAGAAAUAUUAAUGAUGGUCCCAAAUAUACAUUUCCAACCUUAGAAAAAAGUAUGGAUAACAAAUCUUUAGAUGUUAAUUAGUAAUUUGCUUUAAAUUUAUCAUACUAGAUCACAUUGCUAUGAGAUUUAGUAAACUAUUGGGUAUAUACCUCCAUAUAACUUACAUAAUUGAAUAAAAUCAAAACGGAUUAAUUUAUUAUAAAAUUAUGAAAAUUAUUGUCUUAAUAUUCUUGUUAGGUGCCUUUGCUUCAAACAUCAGACAUAAAAAGGAGAGGUUUUUUAUUAUUCUUAUCAUUUAGACAUAUUGAUUCAUAGACUUUAUCACACCAAUAAUAAAACACAAAAGGUAUUGAACAAUAAAUACAUAUAUUUAGAAUUAUUAUAAGUCACUGAUAUAGACAACGAAUCUUAGACAUUAGUUGAGGAAACACUCAAUCAACAAUAAAAUCUAGAAGAACCCAAACCAUUAUAUAAUAAUGAUGGUAGAUCACCUGAUAUGGGAAUGAAUUAAAUAGAUAAUAACGAUGCCCCUGAAGCUCCAAUGAUGGCAGAUAAUGUUUUAGAUUAUUCAGCUCAAGAGGAAGUGAUUAAAGGUGUUUCACUUAUAUAAGUUGGAGAAAUUGAUGCAUUAGCUGAUAUUGAUACUAGUAUGCCAUUAUUAGAUGAGGAUUUCAAAUAUGAUGAAUAAGCCCUUUAAGAAACUCCUUUAAACAUUGAUAUUAUUGAAGAAGUACCACAAUAAUAAGAUUAAGAAAUUAAUUAAAUUGAUGACUAAUUAUAAUAAGAAGUCCAAGUAGAAGAUUAAUAAGAUUAAUUGAUAAAUGAGGUUUAAUUACUCUAAAUUGGAGGAUUCUAUUAUUGA